GUAUUAUCAUGCUCGGAAUUGUCGGCUGGAUGUAAUCAGAGCAGUCGCGAGAGCGGCAAAAGAAAUAUGAAAGAGGAGGAUUUGCAGUUGGGAAGCUGAAACCAAGCAUCACAUCUAAAUCUGGUGGAGUUGCUCCAUUUAAUGUAACCUGAAACUCUUUGGCCUUUGAACAUGAAAGGAGAAAGCUCUGUUCACAGUGUAGAGAAACCAUUCACAUGUUCUGUCUGUGGACGAGGCUUCAGCCAAUCAUCUGGCCUGUCAAGACAUAAAUGUACAAACACUGGAGAGAAACUGUGGAAAUGUGGUGACUGUGGGAAAGGAUUCAAUCACUCAUCUGCCCUGAAAAUUCAUCAGCGCAGCCACACUGGGGAAAGGCCAUUCUCCUGUUCUGAGUGUGGGAAGGGAUUCACUCAGUUAUCCAACCUGCUAAGACACCAGCGAGCUCACACAGGAGAGAAACCAUUUAUAUGUUCCAAAUGUGGAAAAGGAUGCACGCAGUUGUCCAACCUACUGAUACACCAGCGGGUUCACACCGACAAGCGACCGUUUAAAUGUCCAGAGUGUGAGAAGUGCUUUAAAAGUUCCCAGGAGCUGAUGUACCAUCAACGUGUUCACACUGAUGAGAAACCAUUUAAGUGUUCGCACUGUGGUACUGGGUUCAGGACAUCAUCUGAACUCACUCUACAUCUGCGAAUUCACACUGGAGAGAGGCCAUUCACCUGCUCCAUCUGUGGGAAGGGAUUCAUUCGGUUAUCGAGCCUGCUGAGACACCAGCGGGUUCAUACAGGGGAGAGACCGUUCAUCUGUUCUGAAUGUGGGAAGAAAUUCAUUGAUUCCUGUAACCUGCUGACACAUAAGCAAAUUCACACAGGAGAGAGGCCAUUCACCUGCCUUGAAUGUGAGAAGGGAUUCACUCGCUUAUCAAACUUGCUGAGACAUCAGCGAAUUCACACUGGUGAGAGGCCAUUUACAUGUUCCGAAUGUGGGAAAGGAUGCACUCAGUUAUCCAACCUGCUGAUACACCAGCGGGUUCACACUGAUGAGAGACCGUUUAAAUGUCCAGAGUGUGGGAAAUGCUUUAAAAGUUCCCAGGAACUGAUGUCCCAUCAACGUGUUCACACUGAUGAGAAACCGUACAUGUGCUGUCACUGUGGGACUGGGUUCAGGACAUCAUCUGAACUCACUGUACACCAGCGCAUUCACACUGGAGAGAGGCCAUUCACCUGCUCCCUGUGUGGGAAGGGAUUCACUCAGUCAUCCAGCCUGGUGUCACACAAGCGAGUUCACACUGGGGAGCGACCGUUCACCUGCUCCGAGUGUGGAAGGAAGUUCACACGGUCAUCUUGUCUAUUGAAACACCAACGAGUUCACAAGUCUCUCCAAUGAUGGAUUUUGCAGGACAAUGGAAGGAAAAGAUUUACAGAAAAUAACUCAACCCAAACAUCAGAUCAAGGCUAGACAGAGUUACAGUAUUCGCUAGGGCCUGAAUAUUAUCAGCCUUUGAAUGGUGAAGGAGAUACGAUCAUUUCUUCUGUUUAUGGGGGAGUAUUUCAGACAUCAGUGUGACUGGGAAAGCAUCGAGAUUCUCACACACCCAAGUGAGGGUGUCCAGUGAACUAACAGCGGAGAAAGCUUUAACCAGUUACACAGCCUGAAAAACUGUUGCCCCAUUCACAACAGAGAGAGACCCACAUAUGUUUUGAGUGAAUGAUGUUUCACUGAUCAUCAAGCAGGAGGGACACAAUGAGAAGCUGUGGAGAUGUGGGAAUUGGGGAAGGGAUUCAGGUCCCCAUCUGAGCUGGAAAUUCAUCAGUGUGUUCACACUGGGGAAAGACCAUUCGCCUGCUCUGUGUGUAGGAAAGGAUUGACUCAAUUGUUUAGCCUCAUGCCACACCAGCAUGCUCACUCUGAUGAGGGACCUUUUAAAUACUCUGUAGGAUCAAUUUUAAGAGCCCUAACAUUUUAGUUCAGCCCCAGGGAGUUUGUACAGGGGACAGACCAUUUGUCUGUAUUGAGUGUGGGAAGGCAUUCAGACACUUCACUCACCUCACUUCCAUGAACAGCAAUGUGUUCACACUGAGGAGAGUCCCUUUACCUGCUCUGUUUGUUGGAGAGAUUUGUUUGCACAUCACUGAGCACAUGCAGGUUCACAGGGAGGAGAGACUGUUCAGUUGCUCUCACAAUGCGAAAAAGUUCAGACGAUAUUCCAUCCUCACCAAGCUCAAGCAAGUUCACACAGGAGAAGUUCACUUGCUCCUUCUGUGGGAAGGGAUUUAUUAAAUCAUCGCACCUCCUUAGACGCCACCAUGGUCACACUGGAGAGGAACAGUUCACUUUUAUUGAGUGUGGGAAGGGAUUCACUAUUUUCAUUUUACUUCACUGAUCACGAGUGGAUUCACACGCUGGUGAAAGCUUUUAUCUGCUCUGUGUGUGCGAAAUCAUUCACAUGCUGAUGCUAUCUCAGAAGGCACGAACUUGUUCGUUCCGCUGAGAAACCAUGUCAAUGUCCAGACUGUGGGAAGAGGUUAAAAGUAGAAAUGAGUUGAUGAUGCACUAGUGCAUUCACUCUGGGGAGAGGCCAUUCACCUGCCCUGUGUGUGGAAAGGGAUUCAGACAGUUGUCACAACUCAGUAAACAACAACUUGUUCAUACUGAAGAGAGACCAUUUCAAAGUUCUGACUGUGGGAAGCGCUUUAAAAGCACAACUAAUGUGCUGAGACACAUCCGUUAAAACAGGGAGAGUUUGUUCAUCUGCACUGUGUGUGACAAGGGAUUUACUCCGUUAAACGUUGCAUUUCAUACCAACUUGUUCACAGUGACCAAGAUAAAGAGACUGUUUAAAUAUUCUGAUUGGGAAGACAAAUAAGAACAGAGGGAUCUGCUGAAAUACAAGUCACUCACAUUGGAAGACGCCAUUUACAUCAUCUCAGUUUGGUUAUCAUCAGCUUAUUCACACUGAAACAAGACUGUUCUAAUGUUCAGAAUUUCAAAAGAGCUUUCAAUGCAUAAGGAAACUGAUGAAACUAGCACUCUCAAGGGAGAAGAGACUGUUCUCCUACUGUGUGUAUGUGGGCGUCACUGGCUGAGACAUUAUUUAAUGCCCAUCUCUAGUUGCUCUUGAGAAGGUGAUGGUGAAUUUUAUUCUUGAAUGACUGCAGGCAAUUUUGUGUAGAUGCAGCCACAAUGCUUUUAAAGACGGAGCACAAGGAUGUUGACCUAGUGAUAUUGAAUGAACAGUGAUGGUCAGAUUCUCUCUUGUUGGCGAUGGUCAUUGUCUGGCACUAGUCUGGCAUGAAUGUAACUUGCCACUUGUUAACCCAAGCCUGGAUAUUGUUGAAUUCUUGCUGCAUCAAAAGAUGGAUUGCUUCUGAUGCUGCUCAAUAUCUGAGGAGUCAUGAAUGUUGAACAUUUGUAUAAUCAUCAGCAAACGUAGCAGCUCUGACCUUAUGAUGGAGGAAAGGUAGAUGAUGAAGAAGCUGAAAACAGCUGGCCUUAGAACACUAACCUGAGGAAUUCCUGCAGAGAUGCAGCUAAGAAGACUGACCCCCGACCAUCAAAAUGACCUUCCUGUAUGCCAGGUAUGAUUCCAACCAGCAGAAUGUUUUCCCACCAAUUUCUUGCAUCCUUCUUGUUCUCUGUGCUAUCUCCAGAUGGUCAUCAACAUGCAGGAGAACUGAUUACUAUGUACCAACUCCAUGUUUGACUUCAUGCAAUGAGACAUCAUGGGACCUGGAGUCAACAUUGAAAACAGGACAACUCUCCCCCAACUGUAUAUUAAUAUACUGUCACAUGUGCUGGGACUGACCUGCCAGGGGGACAGUGCAUGCCCAGAGACGGUGAUGGUGUUGUCUGGGAAAUUGUAAGUUUUCACUCUGUAAGUAUCAUUCAUUGCUUGACUAGGCCGUGAGACCGUUCUCCCAAGUGUCAUGGGCUGUUAGUAUCCUGCUGUAGCAGCAAAAUAUUCAUAUAAUAGUCAGAUUCGAAUAUUAACUCA